CAUGGAUUUGAAAGCGGUUGUUGUUUCUGGUGAGGCAUCAGAAUCUGAUGAUGACGCUGCGAGCAUUGUCACUGGUAUAGGAUUCCCUUUUGUAAGAGCAACUAAUUACUGUGGUACAAUUAUUUCUGGCGAAGCUCCAGAGUCUGAUGAUGAUGGAACAAGUAUAAGCAGUGUUAGUGGAGCAGUCGAUGCUAUGACCUGCAUACCAGAAAUGAAAAUACCAAAAUCAAAGAAAUGUUCUAUAAAAUACAAUAGUUUACUUCAUAAAAAAUUACAUGAAUGCAAUGAAACAUUGGAUAAGGACAUUAUACAAUUAAUUGAUGGAACAAUUGGCAAUGCCACUCAAGAACUAUCAACUGUUAAUAAACAAUUGCUAAGAAGUGAACUUAUACUUCAAGAGGCUGUUUCUCAAUUACGUAGCGCCUGCAAUCGAUCAAAAGAUACUUCCAAUGUGUUGUCUCAACUCAUGGAUAGAAAUAUUAUAUCGUCUAUUAAAACCUAAUUGAUGUAAAUAUAUUUUGUUAUAUAAGACUUAUUCAAAUAUGUAAUGAGAAUAUAAUAAUAAUAACGAUAAUAAUAACAAUGCUACCUUA